GCCUUGGUAACGUUUGAAUCUACACAUCUUGUGUAGAAGAAGAAACUACUUCCCCACGUGUUUAUUGAGUUCGUAGAGAGAGUUUCUUUAAUUGUUUAUGUUUUAGAUUCUUGAUCUAAUAGACACACAAAUAUAGUAAAAAUGCCGAAGGUAAAGUCCGAGAAGAAAAGCAGGCAGCACCAAGAGGUUAAAAACCAAGGGAUCAUGUUCAACACCGGCAUCGGUCAACACAUCCUGAAGAAUCCUCUGGUUGUCAACAGCAUCAUAGAAAAGGCCGCCCUCAGGCCGACAGACGUGGUUCUGGAGGUGGGACCCGGUACUGGUAACAUGACGGUGAAAUUGCUGGAAAAAGCCAAGAAGGUGGUAGCCUGUGAGCUGGACUGCAGACUGGUGGCUGAACUUCAGAAAAGAGUCCAGUGCACACCCUUGCAGACCAAACUUCAAGUAUUAGUUGGAGAUGUGUUAAAAACUGACUUGCCUUUCUUUGACGUUUGCGUGGCUAAUUUACCAUACCAGAUCUCGUCGCCGUUUGUCUUCAAGCUCCUGCUGCAUCGACCUUUCUUCAGGUGCGCCGUGUUGAUGUUCCAGAGAGAGUUCGCCAUGCGACUGGUAGCCAGUCCUGGAGACAAGCUCUACUGCAGACUGUCCAUUAACACACAGCUGUUGGCUCGAGUAGACCACCUCAUGAAGGUUGGGAAAAAUAAUUUCCGCCCUCCUCCAAAAGUGGAAUCAAGCGUUGUCAGGAUAGAACCCAAAAAUCCCCCUCCACCAGUGAACUUUCAGGAGUGGGAUGGCCUGGUCAGAAUAGCUUUUGUAAGGAAAAAUAAAACCCUCAGCGCAGGUUUCAAGUCUGCUGCAGUGGAACAGCUGCUUGAAAAGAACUACAGAAUCCACUGCUCUGUGCAUAAUGUGGAGGUUCCAGCAGAUUUCAGCAUCAGCAACAAGAUUGAAAGUGUUUUGAAAGAGGCUGAAUUCAGUGAGAAAAGGGCCCGGUCUAUGGACAUUGAUGACUUCAUGGUAUUACUUCAUGCUUUCAACUCAGCAGGGAUCCACUUUUCCUAAAAGGAAUAGCAAACCGAAAAAGACGUAUUUAUUCCACGUUUCUUAAGUACAGGAAAUAACUGACUAUAAAACUAGAAGAACAGCAUUUUAAAAUGCUGGAUGAGGAUGAGGUAUACAAAGAAAUUUGAUGGCUCCAGUUUGAGCUCAUAUUGAGUGUGCAUGAAUGGACAUUUUGGCAGAUUGAAGCGGUAGAAGCCUUAUUCAUUGUUUGAGGGCCUAUCAAUGUUUAACACUGCCAUUUGUAAUUUUCUGUAGUGGUUAAGUCAUAUACAAAAUGAGUUGUAUCGCCCUCAAGCGUCAAUGAUGUUAUUUCUCCAUAUGGUCUUCGAUAAUAAAGGGUUAUUCGUUGCUGUAAUGAUUAUUUAUGACAAUACAAGCGCGCUGCUGUAAUGUGUCGGUGUGGCCACUAGAGGUCAGCAACACAAUGCACAGAUUUGUACCAAACAGCUGAUCAUCAGCGAACUGUACCCGCACUUUGCGCAUUUCCACGUGGUGAUUACAUUGUGACCUGACAUUACAGUGAAUCAAUGCAAUGUAGUUGCUGCUGUUGACCCCACAACGUAGCCAUACUAGUGCUUCCGGUGAGGUCGUUUUAAAAUAAAACCUUUUUCACCAAUCUUACUUCAGCUGAAUUCGUGGAAGUCAGCAUUGGACCUCACUUACUGCGCUACAGGGUUUUCUACUCAGGUGGUAAAACAUAGAUCUUGAAGUUAUAGUUUUAUUUGGUAACAGUCACAAAAUGUAAAUGAAACACAUAAGUCUUUAUUAGUCCAUCCAGCAUUACAUCUGGUGUAAACACGGAUCAUAACCAAUAGUCGGUCAGUGGUCUUUGCUAUACAUUUAAUAAUAGCAUUUUUUUUCCAAUUUCAAUUUUAUAACAAAGUGUUAAACAGAUAUGGAAAAAAUGUUUUACAUUAAGAACUUUUAAGUCAGCUGCCACAUAGAAUGUCAUGGUGCAAACUAUGUGUGAAACCCUCCUAGGAACAGACGUAGCUAUAGUUAAAGGCUUCUUCCAAACUGGAUGACAUGUACAGGAUGAUAGGACCUGACAGUGGCAGACAUACAGUAUCACAGAGUGCACAUGCAGUUAUGUCAACCAGCACAGAAAUCAAAUACUGGUUUUGUGUGGUAAACUAGAAAACAGUCAAUUAAGAUCUUGUCUUAAACCAAAUACUCUGUUCAAACAAAGUACAAAGAAGUAUAAAAGAAAAUAAUUUAAGUACAGAAGAAGAAACUAAAUAUUCUGCAUGAAAAAAAAAAUCUACUAAAAAAGGAAGGAACUCCUUCCUAAGUUUUCUAAUACUAGAGUGAGUGAACAGCCAGUUUUGUUAGGAGAGGGAUCAGACAAAUGCAAUAUGCAACUUGAGCCUAUUGUUACAUCAGUCUUUUGUUUUCACAGCUGCUAGUGACAGACUGACUUGUGCCAAUCAUCCAGUGGUUAUGUGUCUUCAUUUGCCACUUAAACCUCUUCAGUCUUUAAAGAGCACGUGGCCUCUUGGGAUUAAUCUGCUUACUGGCCUGCUCCUCCUCUUGGAGCGCAGAGCGGAAUGACUUCACUUUAUCUGUUGAAGAAGGGACAGAGAAUCAGCCACCGCUGCUGCUUAAUGUUUGUUGGAGCAAGGCAUUUUACUAAUAUUCAUCCACAGUGUGUCCUGGCCCCAGUCGUACCUCGGAGCUCAGUGAGGAUUUCUAUCUUCUGGUCUAGGAUCUGCUCCAGUUGGGUGGCAUACGACUCCACGUCAUAAUCCACCUCCUCCGUCAUCUCCAGCAGCACUUUUUCAUCUUCCAGCCACCGAAUAGACUCCUG